UAGAGUGAAAGUGGAAGCAUCGCAGACGAUAUAGAGGGGGAAUCACAUUCUUCUUUAUUGUGAUAUUUUUCGACGCCAGUGGACCGGUACUAAUUUAUAUUAAAAAUAUAUAUAAUAAUUACAGUGAGAAAAUUUUUGAUUUUGUAAAAAUAUAUUUUCGCCGGUGGUAAAAUUAAAUAUUUAUUUUUUUUCUAUUCUUAAAUAGAAAAGAUAAAUUGGUAAAUUUUUUUUUAUUUUUAAAAUGUCGCAUCAAUAUAAAUUGACGUACUUUAACGUAAUGGGGCUUGGUGAACCUAUACGGUUUCUUUUGAGCUAUGGAGGUAAUAAAUUUGAAGAUAUCCGGGUCGAUCGUCAAAAUGAAUGGCCAAAAAUGAAACCAGACACUCCCUUUGGGCAAUUACCGAUUUUAGAAAUAGACGGUAAGAUUUAUUGUCAAUCAGUACCUAUUUGUCGUUAUUUGGCAAAACAGUUGGAUUUAAUUGGUAAAACAGAUUUGGAUGCUUUGCGAAUUGAUUCUAUCGUUGAAGCACUUUAUGAUUUAAGAAAACAGGUUGCAUUAUUUUAUAGAGAAACCAAUCCUCAAAUAGCAGCUGCAAAAAAAGAACAAGUACUGACUGAAAUUUUGCCAUUUUAUUUGAAUAAAUUAAAUAAUUUUGCUAAUAACGGCUACUUUGUUGAUGGGCAGUUGAGCUACGCAGAUAUAUUUUUCGCAGCAAUCCAUGAUUCCCUUGCAAAUGCAUGUGGGAUAGAAAUAACAAAAGAUUAUGAAAAUUUGAAAAAAAUUCGUGAGAACGUACUGUCUAUCCCAAAAAUAAAAGAAUGGGUUGACAAACGUCCUAAAUUAGAAUUUUAAAAUAUAAAAAUUUUCACAUGUAACCUCUACUACUAUUAUUGUCAUUGUGUAAUAAUAAUGUAAUUGUAAAUGUAUAAAAAACAUUUUACACAUUUAAUUUU